UCAACCAAAUGUAUAAUAUUUUUAAAACUACUAUCAAUAUGAAAAUGACCAGCAUGAUUAUGGAAGCUGCCACAGAAGUAUCCAAGUUUGAGUGGGGUCAUAAUCCCUCUCCAUGUGGAAGCCUUACUGACUUUGUCACUAGAAAUUAUUUAGAUGACAUCCAGAUCGAGGAUCAGGCUAAGGACAUUAAGCUUGUCAUGCCUUCCUUCUAAAUUGUCUUCUGAGUAAUUAGAUAAAGGAGAUGUAAGGCUUACUUGUCAACUGGCUUGCUUUGCUGUAUUAGCUAUCGACCUAAUGGGCUAUAUGGCAAGAAGUGUCCCUUCAGCUUUUCAGAUCUCCAGUUGUGAAAUUCCUGCAACUGUUCAAAAUGUGAGAACUUAAGCUGUCGGUUCAAGACACCAAGCUCUGAAUGCCUUGAUAAGGAUCAGAUCCUAAAAUGUAAUUACUUAUAAUAUAAAACUAAAACAUCUGAAUGUUUUCUUUCUCUUUUAUUGUAACUCAAUUUCACCAAGGUUAAAGAUUUUUGGGUGA